CUCCUCUUUACCUCGUUCAACUCCGCACCUUAGCUCUUCCUCUUCCCUCAACCUCUCUCAUUUGUCCCAUCCCUGUUUCUACAGCUUCUCCCUUCGUGUAACUUUCUUCUCUACCUUCCUCUUCACCCAUCAACUCCUUCCAACCACCAUAAUGGCCGAGUCUGAGCGCCGCCCCCGUGUUUUCUUCGACAUCCAGAUCGGUAAACAGCAGACCGGUCGCAUUGCUCUUGAACUGUUCAACGAUGUCGUUCCCAAGACCGCGGAGAAUUUCCGGGCUCUGUGCACUGGCGAAAAGGGCAUGGGCAAGCAGGGCAAGCCAUUGCACUUCAAAGGCUCCAUUUUCCACCGUGUCAUCAAGCAGUUCAUGAUCCAGGGUGGUGACUUCACCGCGUUCAACGGCACGGGCGGCGAGUCGAUCUAUGGAGAGAAAUUCCCCGACGAGAACUUCGACCUUAAGCAUGACCGCCCCUUCCUUCUCUCCAUGGCCAACUCCGGCCCCGGCACCAACGGCAGUCAGUUCUUCAUCACAACCGUGCCCACCCCCCACCUGGACGGCAAGCACGUUGUCUUCGGUGAGGUGAUCAACGGCAAGAGCGUUGUCCGCAAGGUCGAGAAUAUGUCUACCCAGGCCGACAAGCCCACCACCGAUGUCACUAUCGUCGACUGCGGAGAGCUCACCGGUGACGAGUACGAAAACGCUGAUAAGCAGAUCCCCGAUGCGACUGGCGAUCCUUAUGAGGACUUCCCCGAUGACCACCAGGGCGAGGAGCUGAGCGCCCCUGUCUGCUUUAAGAUCGCUUCUGAGCUCAAGAACUUCGGCAACACCGCUUUCAAGAGCGGAAACCUGACCCUCGGUCUCGAGAAGUACCAGAAGGGUUUGCGUUAUCUCAACGAGUUCCCUGAGCCCGAUGAGCAGGACCCCAAGGAUCUGGACCCCCAGAUGAAGGCCCUCCGCUUCACUCUGCACUCGAACUCAUCUCUGCUUGCUAACAAGCUUGGUCAGUUCAAGAACGGCCAGACCUGGGCUACCUAUGCUCUCGAAACGGCUGCUGCUGCGAACGCCAAGGAUGCCGACAAGGCCAAGGCUUACUACCGCCGCGCGGUGGCCUACAGCGGUCUGAAGGAGGAGGACGAGGCUCUCAAGGAUCUCCAGGAGGCCUCUCAGCUGGCUCCUGGUGAUGCUGGCAUUACCAACGAGAUUGCCCGGGUCAAGAAGGCCGUCAAGGACCGCCAGGCUCGCGAGAGGGCUACCGCUCAGAAGUUCUUCUCGUGAAGAGACCAACGUCAUGAUUCAUGAUUGCAUGAUUUAAUUUUCCCAUUUCUUAAAUUCCCGGCCUUGGGUGAAAAGUGAG